UUCAGCCCAGCCCGCUUCCUGUUCCUGCCAGGCACCUGCAUCCUGGGUGGCAGAGGAGCCUCCAGGUGUCUCUCGCGGAGCUGCAUCCAGGAGCAUGGAUGGCAUUGCGUCAUCGCAAAGUCACCUGAGUUUGGAGCAAGUUGAGCCAGGUUUGCCCCUACGCAGCAUGGCCGCUGGGACAGAGAACCCUGAGAGGAAGAUGCCAUUUUCCUUCGCUGUGUGGCUUGGAAACACGUGUGAGCGAGUGACUUGCCCAUAUGAUCCUAACCACCAAAUGCCCAAAUCUUCCCUGGAGAAGCAUAUGGUGUCCUGUAGGCUGAGAAAACUGGAUUAUUCUAAAGAGGAGGAGGCUGAAAUGUACGAUUCUACUUUUUUCUUAGAGAAAGCAAAGAUCCCUCGUGUGCAGAUGGACAAGAAUUUGCAAUUUGACAUCAUUAAACAAGCCAUCGCUAAAGAGAGUGGAAGUUACGGUUUAGGUGCCUAUUCCUUCCUGCCUGUCGAAGUUCCACAGAACCACAAGCGCUACGUCUGCGACCUGACCCAAGCCGACCGCCUGGCCAUUUACGAUUACGUCCUCGCAGAAACAAAGAAGCAGAGGUCAAUAUCCCAGUUGGCAGAAAAUGACAGCGAUCUCUUUGUAGAUCUGGCAGCAAAAGUCAACCAAGAUGACGGCCAGAAAGGUCCAAAGUCCCACCUUGAAAUUCUCGCAGAGAUGCGGGAUUACAAAAGACGCCGGCAGUCCUACAGAGCAAAGAAUGUUCACAUUACCAAGAAAUCCUACACAGAGGUGAUCAGGGAUGUGAUUGGCGUCCACAUGGAAGAGCUUGCCGCUCAUUGGCAGGAGGAGAACAGGAACGCAGAAUCUUGCGAAGACGAAAACUCCUCCUUUUCAGCAAAGUCUGCAGGGAGAAAAGAAGAGCAAAGGUCUACCUCAGCUGACUCAAGACAGUCUAGUGGAAGUUCCAAGGAUGCCGAUUAUUCUCGACAUAAGAGGAAUUCCAGCCGAAGUCCAGGCAAACGGAAAAGGAGUCGGGGAAGAGAGAGAGGCAAGGAGUCCCGAAGGAAAAAAGCGAGACAUGAAGGCAAGCAUCGCAGUCACAAAAGGAAAAAAUGAAACCUGUUGGCGAUGCCAGUUAUAGUAGUCAAGCUGUGCCUGUUUCAUCCCCAUAGCAUCCCCACACAACUAGGCUGUGCUCUGUUAACUGUUUCAUCCAUUAAUAAAUGCCAUGCAAAAAUUCCCUA